AUGGCCUGGCUGCCCUCCGGCGCGGCGGCUGGCCCUGCGCUGCGGGGAGCGCGAGCCUCUCCGGCGCUGUCGUCGGGGGUGGCGGCCGCCGUCAUGCUCUACAAGCGCGCCCUGCCCCCGUCUUCUCCACUACUCUCCGCCCGCCCGUCCGCCACGGCUCAUAGGUUUUUUUGUCAACUCUUGGAACGAGGGGCUUCUACAGUCUACUUGGGUCGUUGGGUCCAUUCUGCAACAUGCAGUGUUUCUGUAGAUGACAGACCACAUAUAGAGUUAACAGAUGGAUCAAAUGGAGAUCUUGUGCAAAAGCGUGAAAUGGUUGGUGCAUUUCAAAGAAUACCUAUGGUGAUGCCUGCAACUGAUAUACUUAUGUCAGCACAAAGAAAAUCAAGAAAUGUGCCACCCACAAAGGGUAUACAAAACAUAGCCAAGCGUGAAAGAAACAAAGGUGCAAAACAACUUGAUGCCUUAAUGAAGGAACUUUCGGUGCCACUGAGAACUUAUACAGAGAACUUCCCUAGAAGGAGAGAUUUACAUCCUUAUGAGAGAUCUCUCAUUGAGUUGACCUUUGGGGAGGGAUAUUAUGAAAAGGUACUAGGGCGAGUGGAUGCUCUUAGGAAAAAGAUAACUUCUGUCGGGAAGCAACAUGCUUCUGUCUGUGCUAAGUCUUUGACGAAGCGUGAAGCAGAGGAGCGACUCACUGAGGGCCGGAAGGAACUUGAGGAAGUUUUCCAGCGUGGUCAAAAUGCAAUUGAGGAUUUAAUAAACGUUGCAAAGGCUUUGCGUUCUAUGCCAGUUGUUGAUCCACAUAUACCGACACUUUGUCUUGUUGGAUCACCCAAUGUGGGGAAGUCAUCAUUAGUUCGAAUAUUAUCCACUGGAAAACCAGAGGUCUGCAGCUACCCUUUCACAACAAGAGGGAUUCUAAUGGGUCAUAUAGUAUCCAAUCAUGAACGUUUUCAGGUUACUGACACUCCAGGGCUUCUCACAAGACAUGAUGAUGACCGGAAUAACAUAGAGAGAUUGACACUGGCUGUCCUUUCUUACAUGCCAAUUGCUGUUCUGUAUGUCCAUGAUCUAUCUGAAGACUGUGGGACUAAGGUGGCUGAUCAGUACAUCACGUACAAGCAUAUAAAGGAGCGGUUUGGCGACCGUCUUUGGAUCGACGUCGUGUCCAAAUGUGAUCUUCUGGACAGGGCCACGCCCUCCAGGUUCGACGAUGCCGCUGAUGAUGGCGUCGAUGAUGAAUUAAGGAGAUACAGAGAGUUUGGACCGGAAGACGCCAUCCGGGUGUCCGUGCAGAGCCAAACCGGAACACAAGAGCUGAAGCAACGGGUGCAUCAUCUGCUAACCUCUCAGAUGGCCCGGAUCAAAGCUGCCGGGGGCGACAACGAUGAAGCCGUCAGUGAAGUUAGAUGA